UAGGUCCCUCCCCAGCCUCCUACUACUAAUAUUUCCUAAUUUCAUUCGACCUAAAAUCCCUCACUAUGGCUUGUAAGGCAUUACUAUUAUUUUUUGUGCUCACAUUUCUACUGGUAACUGGAAUAGAAGGGAGGGUAGUUCGGGUUUCGAACAAUAAAGAUGCUGAAAGCGAAGAUCUUUUGCAACGGUUAGGAUACAAUGUUUCCGAACUAAAGCGUCUUGGAGAGAUUUCAGCACGAAGUGAAAUAAACAGAUUUUCUCCAGGAGGGCCAGAUCCUCAACAUCACUCCUAUCCUUUGUCUUCAAACCCAUGAUUUGAACAGAGUUUGUGUUGCACUCUUGUCAUGUAUAUUAUUAUUUUCAUUAUUAUUAUCUCAUGUCAAAUAUUGUAGACUUCAAAGGUCACUGUGAUGUAUAAAUUCGUAUAAUACGUACGAUCGAGUGUCUCCUAAAGUGUUCUUGUAAUUAAGUUUAAAGGAUUGUACCCAUAUUUUUCUUUUCUUGGCAUGCGAACGACAAUUCCAGUAUCCGCAUGCAUGCAUGCUACUAAUGUAUCAUUAAGUUUUUACUAACAUUCGUUAUUGCCAUCAUCAUAUAACUAAAAUAAUCGUUGUAUGAAUGGAAGAUAAUACAAUGUUUUAAAAUUAAACAAGAAUAAAUCAUUAAAUAGCAAUGUAACACUAAUUAUUUUUAAAAUGUAUAUUUACAUCCUCAAAAGAAAAUUAAUAAGAUGCUAUCUUUCAACCAAUUCAUAAAAGAUAAUAAUAUACAUGAAACUUGGAAACGUUAGAAUAAUAUAUUAUAAGAUAUCUUGAUAAGGUAUCGACCAGCGGGUCGGACUGGUCGCUGGGCCAGCCGCUGGGUUCUCGAGUCCCAUAAAUUAGUUACGACUCCCAUAUUAUAGCUCAGAUCGACCUGAGACCACUUUCGUUGGAAAUCUAACUCAAUUUUAUAUGUUGUAGCAAAAUAUGAGCUUCACAGAUAUUUGUAAACAUUUCAUCCAAGUAGAUCUUUCAUUCUUUUGUGGCUUAAUCUGCACCAAUUGCUUUCAGAUUUGAAAAUAACCUCACCAAUACCUAUAAGUUCAAAUAAAUAUACAAAUGAAUGUAUACUCUUAAAUUCAAUCUAAAUGAACCAAAAUAAGCUAAAUAAAGGGCCAAAAACCAUUAAAAACACAUGAUAUCGUACGAUAUAAAAACAGGUAUUUAGAUAAAUUUUGCAGUCUAAUGGUAAUGUUUUACAUAUUAUUAAAAUACCAACAUAAAACCAUAAUCUUUCUUAUGUUCUUAUUAUUAAAAUAAAAAAACUCAUGGAACAGAACUUUUGUGUAAUCUUAUAAUAAAAAUAUAUAACUAAAAGUAGAAAGAAGAAGAUAAAAAUAAAGAUGGACGCCGAGAUAGUCAUUGUCCAGUGGCCAUGCUUUGUGACAAAGCUCGCUUCAGUGUUGGGGUGGGGGAGGGGGUGGGUCGACUCUUAACGUCCUCUUAAAUGAGAACAUCCCCUAUAGAAGAUAAAAUGGGUUACUAGAGCGGUCCGUUGUGAUCUAUGUCGAUAAAAAAUGGAGAAGAAAAAAAUCAAAAAAUUGUUGAUGUUAACAAGAAUAAAAAAGAUAAAGAUUUUUUUUAACUCAAUCUCAUAUUCCACAAUGAGUAAGUAAUCUCAGUUAAUUUUGAACUAUGCAUAUAAACUGUUGAUGUUACAAAUUUGAUUUCUAAAAAUCAAUAAUCCAAUUAAAAGAGAAUAUUUGGCCUUAACCAAUUUAUUCAUUAAUUUAGUAAAUUGUUAGCUUUUUGACCAAAUUUAAUUAAUUUUGAUGAUAAAUUAUACAAAUAAAAAUCUAUUAAUUAUAUAAAUAAAAGCUUAUUGUAAAAAUAGGUGAUUGGACCAAAGCUCAUAUAUCCAAACCGAAUCCAAAUAUGAACUCAAUCAUGAGUCCAUCUGAUUUCCACAUGAUUUGCUGCAUGAUUUAAUAUGAGGGCAUUUUCUAUCAUUUCUCUAAAGUUUUAAUUUUUAGAGCAUUGUUCAUACUAUCCGUUAUGACAUGCCUAUUUUUAACGUCUGAUUAAUUAUGUUAUUACAACGAUGAGGAAUAUUACAUAAACGAUUCCACAAUAGACAAUUCUACCAUCAUAUGCGAAUGCACGUCUGACUGCAUCAUUCCGAGCUGUCCUAUGAGAUUCAUGUUCGAUGAUACGCCUUGCACCAUGCUGAAGACCUCUUGUAACUCUUUUUCUUCAUAAUCUGCAUAAUAUGCGUUUUCUAGGGUUUAAACCCCAUACAUUCUGGUGUAGAAGCAUUAAUGAACCCUUAGUCAAACCAUUGGACUAAAGGGGCUUCCACAUGACAUGUCUAUUAAGCAAAUAAAUUUUUUAAAAGGCCAUUUUCUUUUAUUUAUUUUUUUAAAUUCACAUAUAAGUCCAUUAUGUUAUAAAAUUUCUUGGGCUAUAUCUAUAUUUCUCAUGAUUCAGUUAUUUUAUCAGAAAUUUUUCAAAUUUACCUAAACUUUUAUUUAAAUGAAUUCUAACUUUUUGAACUAUGGAUAAAAUCAUUUGCAAUAUCAUCUAAUUUCUUGUAGCUCAGAUUAUUUCUAAUUUAGCUAUAAGUUUCAUCCUAACUCUUUUCAUUUUUGUAUUCACACAAGCAAUGUAUAAAUUUAGUUUUUUUUUUCGCUUUAAAAGAGAUGCACAGCACUACAAAAAGGUUACAUCAUCGAGUAUUUUUUUCUUAAAGUAAUAGCAAUUCCUAAGUUAGUUUACCUUUUAAGAGCUUUGAAAUUUAUAUAAAAAAAUCUCACAUGAAGAAAGGAAUAUUGAUAAAGAAAUAAAAAAAAAUGAAUUUAGGGAAAGCAAGUGAAUGGGACGGACGGUGACCUUCGAAAACCUAUAUACAUGAACCGUGGCGAAUUGUUGCGAACUAAAGUGUGAAGGUUACAGAAGAAAACCAUUUUUUUUAUGGCUAGCCUUGUUGCUCUUAAUGUUUAAAUAUAAUUCCAUCACUUUGUUAAUGUAUAAUGAAGUAAAUAUUAUAAAAAAAAUUGUACGUAUGUCACACAUUUAAUCAUAGUGUAUCAUCCAUGAUAUGCCUCUAAAAAAUCAUAGUAUAUCAUUCAUGAUAUGCCACAAAGUGCUUUGAGAAUCAAAAUAAUGUGAAUUAAAUAUUCGAAAGAGAAUCCAUUCAUGGAUUAUACUUCCAGUUAGAAAUUAGUUUAGAUCUUUUUAUAAAUAUGAGAUGAGAUUCUUCUAAUUUUUUUUUUUAAAAAGAUAAAAGCAUCCAUGAUAUGCAUCAAAAAUGGCGAAAUAUUAAUAUAGUGGUGUGAAACAUAACCAAAAGAAAUAUUAGGCAUCUCCUUUUUAUUGGGGGGGGGGGGGGGGGGGGAGGGGAGGGAGUUAGAUCUAGAGUUGCUAGCAUGUUUAGUCUAAACUAACUUUAUAUUAUUAGAACGUAAUUGCACGUACAUGCAUGUCUAGAUGGACGGAGUACUUAAUAACUCUUAAGAUUUUGGCAUAACUAACAAAUCGACCACUGGAUAAAGAUGAGGACUUCCAGUCUACGUCGACAAGUAAACUGAAAAGGAAGGGUUGGUAUAGAUAGUAAACUAUAAUUUUACUUUUACAUCGAUCAAUAACUCUAAAAUUGAUAAUUUUAUCAUCUUAUAAAGAUAGGGUUUUACCUAUACUACACUGAAGAUCUUUUAAAAAAAUUUCUUCAUUAGCUAUAUUAAAUUAUGAUAAGUUAUAUGUUUUAAUAUUAAAUUUUCAAAAAUUCUGAUGUAGAAAAACAUUAACAAAUCUUUUUAAUCAUUAAAAACCUGUAGAUAAUUUUUUUUUUUUUUUUGCAAUAAGUUUUUUUUUUUUUCCUUCUCCCAAAUGAGACAUCGUUUCAAAACUCUUACAAUCCAAAAGAUGAGAAAAAGGAAGGUUAGAACCUCCAAAAACAACAUAGUUCUAAUAAAUAAUAACUCCUAUGGAAGCAGGUUGUGGAUGAAACGAUCAUAGGUCAUAGGUACAUGCAAAAACUUCAUUUUACACCUGAAAACGUCCAAACCAGAGUUGGAGGUAGGUAGUUGAUGGUGAUACUGAUGCACUCCGCAGCUGUGGAGGAGAUGCAUUCCGAUCCAAACCAAACAGCUUUGCUCUGAUCAGUAGAUGAACUUCUUUUAAUAGAGUAGGAAUAGAUCUUGAGGUAGAAUUAUGGAGUCUUGUGUCCCUCUCCCUCCAGAUGACAUAGACUACAGCCUGAAAAAAGAGCUUACAAAUCAAUCGGAUCCUCUUAUUUGAGGGAUUAGCACGCAGCCAUUCCAAAUAGAUAUGAUUUUCUAGGAACAUAUAUAUUAUUAAUAUAUAUAAAUAUUUACAAAGACAGUUUUGGUUUGGUACAUUAUCCCUCAUAAAAGAGUGUGAAGAAUAUAAUUAUCGCUACAUAAACUCGGAUUGUACGUACGGUUGAGAAACACAUGCAUUCGUCUGCGAGAACGCUUUCAGAAAAAGUCAAAUAAAUUAAGCUAUGUUCUUAAUUCCACAUUUUAUUUAGGGCAAUUCUCUAAAGAUAGUUUUUUAAAGUUUUUUUUUCACCAAAAUAGUCCUUAAAUAAAAGAAAACGGCCAAAAUAAAAAAAAAUAUUUCGAAGAUUUUAAUUUUAAUUUUUUAAAAUUUUGAAAGCACACCUUCAAAACCACACAUUUUAGAGCACCACUAUCAAUGAUAUUUAGAAAAAAAUUCUCAAAAAUGAUUAGUUGCUAAUUAAAACAAAAAUGAUUGAUAGGAUUUUAAUACCCAUCCAAUAAAUUUUAAAGGAGAGAUUUUGAGAAUUUACUGGGUGGGUAUUAGAACCUCAUCAAUCACUUUUGCUUUAAUUAGCAACUAAUCAACUUUUCAGAUUUCCUUCCUCGUACUAUUGAUACAAUUUCUAUUAACUCUAAACUCUAAGUCUAGAUUAAUCAAUAUGGAUUCAUAUAUAUAUAGGAGUAAGAAGGUUAAAUCAAAGAAAAAGAAUUCUAUAAUAGUCAUUUUUAGUAUUUUUACUAAAAUACCUUUAAAAAGAAAAAUGAUCAAUUUUUUUUAUUAAUUAUAUUAUGAAUCGGCAGUUCUCCAUGUAUGUAGUCUGGAGAUGUUAGCUAAUCAUCUACUCCCUCUGUCCUUUUAUGUAAAUAAUUUUAGAUAAAUGCACAAAGAUUAGAAAACGUAUUAUUUAUUUUUAAAAUAUCAUUUGAUAUAUAAGGUAGGUAUACUUAAACCAAUCAUAGAUAAGUCUAUAUUAUUUGAUUAGUACUCACAUUAUAUCUAAUAAAAAUAAAUUUGUUUCAAAAUAUAAGUAGUUUUCAUUAUUACUUAAACUAUUUAUAAUAUGGAACAAAGGAUUGAUGGCUGGAUACUUAUAACAUAAUUGCACGUAAAUUUAAAAACUUGAUUAACGUUCAUAAACCAGUUAAAAUAAUAACGUGUACUCCUAUUAUUUAAUGUCAAAACCAGUUAAUCUGCAGUCUGCACAAGAAACAAAGUACUAUUCUAAAUAAAUACAUGAUGACUGGAUACUUUUAAAAAGUAGGUUCUCUUUGUUAUGUUUUCGUUUUAAAUUUAACAGGUUUUUGUUUGGUUAUUGAGUGCAAAUUCCUUUUAUUAUAUGUGGAGUCUUUGUCGACUUGUGAGAUAUCCAUAAAAACCCUGAAUUUUAAUAAUUAGGAUAUCUGUUUUGUCGCUAUAUCCUUCCUAGAUUCUUAAUAAUGUGUCCAUUAUAUACUGAUAUUUAUUAUAAAGCAUCAAUUGUUGACAUUGACUAAGAAAAAAGAGUGAAUCUUCAGUGUAGUAUCAAAAUGGUUGUCCCAUGUAGGCUCAAAGGGUCGAUAUAUCAUUUAUGAAUGUAUAGAAUAUAAACAUGUACCGAUCAAUCGAAAAAAAAUCAAACGAUACCUCGAAUCUCAGGCCAGCGACAAGAACCCAGACUCCCAUCGACCCCCUCUUGUUUCGUAGACGCAGCAUGGGAAGCCUCUUCAAACUGACCAGGUAUCGCAUGGCACUUCAUAAACGACCGAUCGAUCACCUCCCCAUCAGGCUCCCAGAUCAUUGAGAACGUGGCUUCUUCCCUCGUGGCUGAAUCGCUAGCUCUCAGACAACGUAUCAAAGAAGUCCUAAGAUUAGGACGUACCUAAGUCUCGUUUCACUCCAAUUGCGCAAUGCUCAUCAGAACAAUCUCAACCCAAAGUCAGAUCAAAGAGAUCUAUGGUGUUCUCCAGGAUAUUAAGAAUCUCUCGGCUAAUUUUGAUCAAAUCGUCGUCUUGCAUAUCUCCCGUUUUCAAAACAGAGAAACAGACUAUCUAGCUAAAAUGAUCCUUAGAGCAACAUUAUUGGUGGGAUGAAGAGAGAGAGAGAGAGAGUCCCUUAUUUUGCUUUUUUUUUUUUUUUUUUUUUGUUUGGUCAUUAAAAAGUAAGGGACAUCCCUUAAUUAAGGGCUUUUCCCUUCUCUUUAUUCCUCGGUCCCCACCCUAUUCCCUUAAGGGAUGCCUUAAGGGACUCCCAAUAAUGUUGCCCUUAAGCCCCAUCGUAUUUCUGCAUGCUUUGUAACGGGCUAUCCCUCUGUGGGACCUAAACCUUUUCUCUUUUAGUUUGUUAUUUAGUUUUUAAUAUAAAUCAGUUGCCAAAAAAAAAAAUAUCAACAUGUACAUGCAUGUGCCAACUAAUUGAAUAAUAUUAAAAUACACUUGCUCUGUUUGUGAAAGUGAAUUACACUUGCUAUUCUUUCGGAGUGUAUCACAUGAUUCACAUCUAUCAAGGAUGGACAAGAAAGCAGUGAUCCGAUCCAAAUUUCGAUUAAAAGAAUAUUUCAGCGAGAUAAUUAAAUUCAAAGAUCAGGAUAAAUAAUGAUAUAUUGUGGUUUUUAUAUGUUUCUAAUUUAUUUUACUCACUUCAUCAAUCAGAGGUUGUAAUCAUGUAAUUUUGUUGUCUUUGAUAUAGUAUUGCAUUGUAGAGUACUUUUAAGUUGUAUGUGUCAUGUUUUUCCAUACUAUUUUGAUUAAUUUCUUAGAUAAAUUGAGCUUUGGAAGAAUUUGGAACUUGAGCAAAAGAAUACACAAAAUAAAAGUUCAAAAAAAGACGGACACAGAAAUAAAUAAAUGGAUGUGACAACUUCUGUGAGGCUUCACACUCAGCGGUCCGCACCGUCCGAGACGAUAUAUACACAGGCCGUAUACAAAUAAUCAAACAUAAAUAUCUAAAAUAAUUAAAAUAUACUAAAAACUCCAAAAAUACUUAAAUAAUUAUUAACUAUUUAUCAAAAUAUUUAAA